AUGGCACGCGAAAUCCGCGCCGUCCAUCUCUGGCCCCGCGGAAAACUGAUCGAGCGCCCGAUCGAUCGAGCCAUCCAUGGUCGCUGCCUUCCGAUGGUACUCGAAAACCUCGCCGCCGCCCUCGAUCCGGAUGCAAUUUCCCGGCGAUUCGGUGCUCGGUUCGUCUCCCUCCGCGCUCGGGCUCGCGUACUCGGCCAAGCUGUCGGCGAUCCACGGGCCGGAUUCGAGCCCGGUAUCGGGUUUCGGGCCGGGCCGGGCGGACCUUGCUCGGCGGCUCUUCCGGCGGCCGCUUCCGACUGGGACGCUGCGGAGGGACCCACCCCUGGUCCAGUAGCGGCGGCAGGCUCUACAGAGGUAGCGAGGCUGGGAGAGGCUGUAAUUGUUGUAGUAGCAGAACUUGGUGUUGGCAGAGGCGCAGCGGGGGCAGCUGGGGGCCGCCUCAGUGAUGCUGCUCUGCCACCUGGCGGCGCCGGCGGGCGGAGGACGGCGGCCGAUUGA